UAUAAAGCUGUAAAGAUACCUAUUAUUCAACUUGGUGUGUCACUUCACAACCAUACAUAAUUCCCAAACCGAUUGCACUUAAAACCCUAACCCUAGAAAUCAGACUCUGAGAUAAAUGACGCAGAAGGCGAAUCUAUUCAAGGGUAAAGCCAAGAAGAAAUCAAUUCCUCCCAAUCGUCAUGGGAAAGCCCCUGUUACUCGCAAAGGAAAGAGAUUCGUGAAGCCAUCCAAGGUCACAAAGGAGAUGGAUGCUGAUCGUGUAAGUCCCUUUAGCUCAUCUUUUAUUCCCACUCACUUUAUUCCUUUUGGGUGUUCAUAGUUCUGAGCA